AAGAUUCAGUCCUGCUUGGCGAUUCACUCCCAACGGCCACUGUCGGUGAAGGGUAAGACAUUGGUGGUCAACUCCUUUGCCCUCACAACAUUGUGGCGCGUUAUUUGGGUGAUUCCCCCUCCUCGCUGGUUCCUCACCAAGGUUAGACGCGUCACCAAGACCUUUAUCAUGCGGUCCAAGCCAGCCCCAGCCUCGGUCUAG